UACAGAGUCUUUCCACCCCUUCACUCCAAAAACCCAAUCAGACAAGUGGCCGUAAUCUGACUCCCAGUGCACUGGGAGCUGUGGGGCAGGCAAUGAGAGCUGCACUCUGGCCAGGGAAGGCAUGAGUGGCAGACCUGAAGCAAGGCAGUGGGGUAAGUGUGGACCUUUGUGUAGAAGAGAGAGCAUCAUGGUGGCCUUCAGAGGGGUCUGGACUCAAGCUUUCUGGAAGGCAGUCACAGCGGAAUUUCUGGCCAUGCUUAUCUUUGUUCUCCUCAGCCUGGGAUCCACCAUCAACUGGGGUGGAACGGAAAAGCCCUUACCUGUCGACAUGGUUCUCAUCUCCCUUUGCUUUGGGCUCAGCAUUGCAACUAUGGUACAGUGCUUUGGCCACAUCAGCGGUGGCCACAUCAACCCUGCUGUGACAGUGGCCAUGGUGUGCACCAGGAAGAUUAGCAUCGCCAAGUCUGUCUUCUACGUCGCCGCACAGUGCCUGGGCGCCAUCAUUGGAGCUGGGAUUCUCUACCUCGUCACACCUCCCAGUGUGGUGGGGGGCUUGGGGGUCACCACGGUUCAUGGAAGUCUUUCUGCUGGUCACGGUCUCCUGGUGGAGUUGAUAAUCACAUUUCAGCUGGUGUUUACUAUUUUUGCCAGCUGUGAUUCCAAACGGACUGAUGUCACUGGUUCAGUAGCUUUAGCAAUUGGAUUUUCUGUGGCAAUUGGACAUUUAUUUGCAAUCAAUUACACUGGUGCCAGCAUGAACCCUGCCCGAUCUUUUGGACCUGCGGUUAUCAUGGGAAAUUGGGAAAACCACUGGAUAUAUUGGGUUGGACCAAUAAUAGGAGCUGUCCUCGCCGGUGGCCUUUACGAGUAUGUCUUCUGUCCAGAUGUUGAACUCAAACGUCGUUUUAAAGAAGCCUUCAGCAAAGCUGCCCAGCAAACAAAAGGGAGUUACAUGGAAGUGGAGGACAACAGGAGUCAGGUAGAGACUGAUGACCUGAUCCUAAAACCUGGAGUGGUGCACGUGAUUGACAUUGACCGGGGAGAGGAGAAGAAGGGGAAAGACCCGUCUGGAGAGGUGUUGUCUUCAGUAUGACUAGAAGAUGGCACUGAAAGCAGACAAGAACACUUAGAACUGUCCUCAGAUUUCCUUCCACCCAUUAAGGAAACAGAUUUGUUAUAAAUUAGACAUGCGCAGGGUCAUUGGUUCUUGCCUCAUUAGUCAGUCUAGACAAGAAAUGUUUCACUAUUCUACCAAGGAGGAAUGGAAGAAGCCUAUUGUGAAUUCCAUAUCUAAAAAAAGAGGUCUUUUUAAAGUGUCCCCAGAGCAAAUAGGCAUCUAGUUUAUCUUGUUGCCAUUCAUUAAUUAUCAGUUUAAAAUGAGUAUCAAGAUUUGGUUAAGUCUUGCCCGACAGAACUUAUAGACAUACCUAUCAGCUUAUUCCUCCUCUACCAUGAAACCGGUAUUUGUCAAUCCUCAUUUGAGUGUUUUUUCCAGUAAGCCAAAACAAUGUGCCACAGAAUCGUGCACAUUGAACAGAGGAAAUAUGACAAGCUCUUUUGUGGGCAGCCCCCUCUUAAAAACUACCUCGGCAAAAGAAUAUUAACAAGGGUCAUUGCUAAUGAAUUAUUUCCAUUUAUAUUUCAAAUACCCAGCUUUCAACCUGAACUCUAAUUCAUAAUAUUCCUUCCUCUUCUUCAGUGCCCAGGGUAAUGUGGAAAGCCCAGAAAUUUGAAGAAUGUUCGGAAACCCUUUAUAUUUUUUAGUUCUAUCUAAUAAAAUAUCCAAAUCGUAAGAAAUACCUAUUAAGAUUCAGGACAAACAGACUCAUAAGAUCUUAUGGGAGUGGAGGAAAAAUUACCAUUAUAAAAAAAUCAUAAGGAAAGAGGCAAUCCAUAUUCUGGAAUCAAAGAGUUGAUCUGUUUUCAGUGCACAUCCUCAAAUACACCACAUGAGGUUAACGAUCUAUGCUUUUAACUACUUAACCAUUUUGCUUAUAUUUUUUAAUUUAUUGGCAAAACUGGGGGUUUUGUUUGUGACUUUGGUUAUCUAUAUUUAAACAUUAGCUGAGAUUUCUUUUUGAUAACAAGAACAUAACUAGCUGAAUCCUGACUUUUUGUGAUUAAGCUCUGCUCACUCUGAAAGAUAAAAACUGGCUGUCCCUGUCCCCGUUUCUGCACUCUGUCACUUCUCAUGAGAUUUGGUGAUAAUCUUCACCGUGCCUGUGAUGAUAUUUUAAUGAAUUAAAAUGCACGAGAGACAAGGAAGGCCAUGGUUGCAGACUAAAGGGAGAAGGCAUCAGAACACUCUGCAUUCAAAGCUGACUAGAUGACCAAUCGUUUAUUUGUAGAGAUAUUGUACGUCGUAAUGAAAUACAUCUUUAAGGUAUAUUCAUUACCGACUCGUUUGUCAGAAUACUUUGCUCUUCCUGUACUGCUGUGCCUUAAGUUGGGAGAAUGGUCUCUGGAAACCCCAGUCUCUAUCAUCUUAACCUAAACUUUAUCUUAGACAAAGAGCUGCAAAUGUCAAUUUCACUGAACAAAAGCUAGUAGUGGAACAAACACCCAUCACUGCAAAGAAUGGCUUAAAAUAAGCUGAUAAUCAAGGACUUUCUUCUCCCACGCGUAGUUCCCACUGUGUGCCACUUUUUAGUGUUAAUGGCAGUUGUGUGUCUGUGGCAGUGAGAUAAUGGACCACUGUUAAACCUGAUUCUCUUCGGUGCUAGGAAAGUGAUGCGCAAGGUUCCCAGGGAGUCAUCACUCCAGUGCAGCGCUUGGGAGUGCCAUUGGUGGUUUUUUGGUUUUUUUGGUGGGUUUUUUUUUUUUUUUUUUUUUUUUUUAUGGCAGAUUCCUAAAUCCCAGGUGCCUUUCUCAGAUGUGUGGCCAACCACAGCCUCCACCAGGGACUCCCAUCCUUUCCUGUUUGGAGCUGCUUCUAUAGAAGUAGGGUGAGAUUCUAAGGAUGGCUUGUGACUUUUCUGUUCAAAUGUUUGCACAAAAUACCACUAAAGGCUUAAAAUAGGGGCGAGGGUGGGGGGUUGGUGUUCAGCUCAAAAGAUAAUUCUAUCAACCAGCGGCAAGCAUAUUAGCUCAAAAGGAAGCCAGGUUAGCAAGGGAAAGUUAAACAGAUUUUUUUGAAUACGCUUACAAUUUACUGGCUUACAAUCAUUUUUAUUCAGCCAUAUGGUUUACUUCUUAUGCACUCACUUUUAUACUCACUUCCAGUUAGAGUAUUUAAUAGGUUAGUGCUGUAAUAAAAAAAAAAAAAAGGCAUGAAUGAUGUUUUUGUAGUUCGUUUUCCAUAGAGUGCCUGGCACUUAGUAGGUAUGUGUUAGUUAAUAAAAAUACAUGAAUUUCAUUUAGGAUUUAAGAAUGUAAAUAAUUUUCUUUUAACCUUGAUUUUGCUCAGUAUUUAAUAAAAGCUUGAUUUCAAGGACUACUAAGGGAAGGCAGUAUAAAUGCAAAACCCAUAAAAUAUAUUUUUGCAUUCUACUAUUUUAGAGGCGUGAAGUGAAUGAAAGCUUUAGCACUUUUUUCCCCCUGCAUAUGAGACAACAUAUUUUGUAUUUCACUCAAGCCUUUGCCACUAAAAAGUAAUGAAAUUGUACCUUUCUAAUGACAUCUAUGCAGCAGGGGUCUAUUGCCUUGUGGAUGGCACCAAAUUAUCCAAGUGUAUUAGGAGACGAGGGCUUUUUCCUUUAAUCCCUUCUUAUUAAUGAAGUGCAUCGUGCUGCUCCCAGGAGAGUGCUGCUGACAGAUAUACAGAAAAGAGAUCAGAGAGAAAAAACUGGAAGGACAUAAAUGAAUUAUACCAAGCCAGGAAGCAAUGCCAACCGCCUCUUCCCUAUGGAAAAAUACAACACGCUCCCCAAAUUGUAAGAUGGUCCCUACACUGAAAAGAUACAUAGUUCGUCAAAAGGUGUACAAAAAGAUAAAGAGUCAUUUUUACGUUGGGGGGGGGGGGCUUUCUUAAAUAUUUGGGGCCCAGAACUGGAAUGUAUUUUUUCACUGUUGAACUGGACAUUGUCUUCAAAGAGUCCUAAACUUUUACACUGGAAGGAAGUAUUUUCUGGUACCUAACUCAUUGCCUAAAUGUAAGAUCCCUACACUUUGUUUCUACUAUUUGAUGGUUUCCAUAAAUUCUUACACUUUCUGACUCUUUUCCUUAUGCAGUUGAUAGGUACUAGCUACAGCUGCCAUCAGUCUAGAAAAUUUUACAAAGAGAUUAGAAAUAUUUGAAUAACAUAUAUGAUAGCAUUAAACUACCUGAUUAAUUAUUAGAAGUCUGAUACCAAAUAGCACAUAAUAUUCUUCUUAGGCCAAGAAACCAGGCAACUUACUUACCGGUUUAAAUUCAAUAAUGAGCAGGGGCAUCUGGGUGGCUCAGUGGGUAAGGCAUCUGACUUCAGCUCAGGUCAUGAUCUCACGGUAGUGGGUUCAAGCCCUGCAUCGGACACUGUGCUGAUAGCUCAGAGCCGGAGCCUGCUUCAGAUUCUGUGUCCCUCUAUCUCUCUGCCCCUCCCCUGCUCAUGCUCUGCGCUCUCUCUCUCUCUCUCUCUAAAAAAUAAACAUUUCAAAAAAUGUAAUAAAUAAAUAAAUAAAUAAAUAAAUAAAUAAAUAAAUAAAUUCAAUAAUGAACAGGAAAAUUCCAAAACAGAGUAGCAAAUUCAAAUGCUAAAAUUGAUCCUGGCGAGGCCCUUUGUUGCAGGAUGUUGACACUAUCCCCACAUGUUGUCAGCAUUUGACAGAGCCAUUGCCUUUGUGACAACUGAAGAUAACAGUAGGAGCUCAAGAGAUACCCUUAAAAGACAAUAUAAGGCCAAUAUGACUUCUCAUUAUAAGCACUAUAGAUUGUGCAAAUUCAGAAUAUCUUAUAAAUAUCUUAAAUCUAAUAUAUAUCUUAUCUUAUUCUGUCUUUCCUAAUAUGUUUAUGGCAACAACAUUAUUAGGAAGACAUGACUACUAUCUGGAAAGUAUAAUGAACAAAACUCACUUUCUUUACUACAAAUUUUGUGUUUGUGCAUUGGUAUUAUACUACUUUAUAGAUCACCCCAAAAUAACAGUAACUUUUGAAUUCAUAGUUCUCUGAAAUACAUAGAAGGCAUUUAAUUCAGGGCUGAAAAACUGUGGCCACUCACUUUUGCAAAUGCCCGUACCCUAUGAAAGUAGUUACAGUGUUACCCAGGCAUGUUAAAAUCCAAAAGCUAAAAAAUACACCUAAUUUAUGUAACCUAUCAGAAUAUAUUUUUAGAUUCUCUUCAGGAUUAAUUAAAUAAACAUGCAAUUUGUGAAGACAUAGUUGUUUAUCACUUUUAUGACCCAAAUCAUGAUUGUAAUUCAUGAUCAACUGCUGAGAAUAAACUGAACAUAUGGUCAUAUUCACAAUUAUUUAUUAACUGAAAUGUUAUUCCAACGUCAGAGCUAAUGUUGAGAUUUAAACUGUAAUGUCUAAUGUUUGGAAUAAUCUAGUAAGCAUUAGCAUUGUGGCUGAUUUCCAUGAACUAUGUUGUAUCUCAUACUACUAAGUUUGUGCAAAUAAAGUUUUAAUGUUUAAAAGGUAA